AUGACUGAUUUGGGAUGUAAGAAGCCCAGUGACUGCACCGUCUCCAGGCUGCUCAAUGUCGUGGAGAGCGAACUCCAAGCUGGCAGAGACAAAGGGGACCCGACCGAGAAACAACUCCAGGUUGUCUUGGAGGAGGCUGCGCUGUGGCAGAGGUUCAGGGAAGUCACUAACGAGAUGAUCGUGACCAAGAACGGCAGACGGAUGUUCCCGGUUUUAAAGAUUAGCGUGUCAGGGUUGGAUCCCAACGCCAUGUACUCCUUCCUGUUGGACUUUGCCCCGACCGACGGCCACCGCUGGAAGUACGUGAACGGUGAAUGGGUGCCCGCUGGGAAACCAGAGCCACCAAGCCACAGCUGCGUCUACAUUCACCCAGACUCUCCCAACUUCGGGGCACACUGGAUGAAAGCCUCUGUUUCCUUCAGCAAAGUGAAACUUACCAACAAGCUCAAUGGAAGCGGGCAGAUAAUGCUGAAUUCCUUGCAUAAAUACGAGCCUCAAGUUCACAUUGUUCGUGUGGGAGGCCCACACAGGAUGGUGAUGAACUGCUCCUUUCCAGAGACUCAGUUCAUAGCUGUCACUGCUUAUCAAAAUGAAGAGAUAACAGCUCUCAAAAUCAAGUAUAAUCCCUUUGCCAAAGCCUUCCUGGAUGCAAAGGAGAGAAACCAUCCCAGGGAUACUCCUGAAAAUGUUUCGGAAGGUCAACAUAUGACAUAUUCUCACCUAGGUGGCUGGUUGAUUUCCAAUCCAGAUGCAGUGUGUGCAGCAGGAAACUCUAAUUAUCAGUAUGGAGGAGCUUUGUCUCUGCCUGCCCCGCAUUCCCACUAUGGCUGUGAGCAUUAUGCAGCCCUUCGAGGGCAUCGGGCUGCACCAUAUUCUGCAUCGUACAUGCAGAGAAACCACUCCCCAGCAGUGAAUUUGAUUGAGAGCUCAAGCAAUAAUCUGCAGAUGUUUCCAGGACAUGAUAGCUGGACUUCUUUACCAUCCACUCCACAUGCCAACUUACUUUCAGUACCACAUGCCAAGGGAACUGCCACUGCGGGUCCUAGCCACUAUCCCUGUCUGUGGACAGUCAGCAACAGUGCCCUUAAUGUUGCCAACCCGGGGAGUGACGUGAAUGGCAGCGCUCCAGGCACGUUCCUGCGAGGUAACAUCCCUUUGCCCACCACUUCUGCCUCGAUUCCUCUGCAGGGAGCAGCCGCCAGCAACAUGGAAACACCAGGGGAACCCACUCUAGCCAGACUAGCUGAUUCUGCCUGGACAUCCUUGCAUUCGUUUUAACGGGUGGGAAGCUCUUUAGGAAUGUUCAGCAGGAUCCAAGCAAGCCUGACAGGACAAGAACGCCUCCUACGAUCACAGUUCAGAGAGGGGAGGGGACAUGUGCACAAGGAACCUAUUUCAGCGAUGCACCAGAUUCCAUGAUAAACCUUGCACCUCUCCAUUUCCAAAUGAGCAAUGAAAGAUUGAGUCAAGAGGCCUAGUGCAAAGGACGGGGAAGAGUUAGAGGGGAGCUGGCCUCUUGUUGUUCCAUUCAGCGCUGCAGCAGACAGUGACUGAUCCAAGUCUUUAGAGUCCGCUUUGCUUCCAUGUCAAAGCAAAGGGGCCAGAGAUUCAGGUCCCAGUGGAACAGAAGUGGCAUCUGGGUAUUUUAAUGGGAUUUCAAAGGAAUAAGUAUUGUAACUUAGGCCAGUCACAAUUAGAUUGCUGGCGGGGACUUCAUAACAACUACCAGAAACCAUGACAUCCUCAUACAGUCCCUGAGCAGCGUUUUAAAGUGGAAAUGCUGCCUCGAAAUGCCCUAGUGUUUUAAAAUACUUGUUUUAUGAAGUUCUUAAAAUUCUUGAAGCUAACUUCCAACUUGGAGGAAAUUGCCUUCUGUCUCCCUAAGACACUCCCCUCUAGUUUCACCUGCAUAGGGUGGUAUUCUUCCCUUCCUCUCCUACAGCUGUUGUGUAAUCUUUGUGUGCUAUAAGAAAACCUAGCAAGACUGCCAAAAAAUUGGCUGCAUUUCAGCGUUGAAGUGGUUCCUAUACAGAGUUUGUAAAGUGAUGUAAGUUCUUUA